AUGCCGACACCGUCGACACUAAACAUCGCGCUUCAAAAUAGGACGAACUCAAAUACAGUCUACGCCUACAUCACAGGCCGGGCGCCUGAUCACAACAAUGCUUUAUUCAUUCUUCAGCGGGACGGUAUAACGCCGUACUACCCAACCUCGCCGCCGGAGGAUGGCACUUCUCUAGAGCAGGACUGUGCAAUUCGCCUCGGUGCUCCAGACACGACCACCACAGUCACUACUCCCCACCUCGAUAGUGCACGAAUAUGGUUUUCGGUGGACGGAAAGCUGACAUUCAAAUUGAACCGCGGCCCCGCUCUUGUCGAACCCUCAGUUUCUAACCGCUCUGACCCGAACAUCGAUACUAAUUGGGGGUUUGCUGAGUUCACCUAUAAUAAUCUCCAGCUGUACGCCAACAUCACCUACGUGGACUUUGUGUCAGUGCCGAUCUCGCUCACCCUCACGAGCACCACCGGCGCCACCCAACAUGUUACGGGCAUGCCAGCCAACGGCCUCGACAUCGUCUGCGCUGGGCUCAGAGACCAAGAUGCUCGGGAUAAUGCCGGGUGGAGCUCGCUGGUCGUGCGGCGGCACGGGAGGAACCUGCGCGCCCUGAGCCCAAACAUCGGCAUCGUGGUAGACCCGCUCCUAUUCAAAGGCUAUUUUGAGCCUUACGUUGACCAAGUCUGGCAUAAAUAUGUCACUAAACCUCUCUCAGUCAACACGCAGACAUCAAGCGGCGUGAUAAACGGCCAGGUCAUUCAACCCGAGCUUAUCCUAGGCGCCCACGCAUUUAGCAAACCCUCUACCCGAGAUAUCUUCAGCUGCAGCACGGGUCCGUUCGAGGAGAGGGGGUCUGCUGAGCGAGGGAAUCUGAUCGCUAGACUCAGCGCGGCUUUGAACCGCUCUACCAUCUUGGUUGACGACACGAUACCUGAUACACCUCCGACUUACUUCCAGCAUCCAAUCACGAACCACUACGCGCGAAUUGUGCACGACGCGAAUCUGGACGGCAGGGGAUACGCGUUCCCGUACGAUGAUGUCACUCCGACGGGCGGCAGGGAUCAGUCUGGUGCGGUGAACCAUGGGAGUCCAAGGUUGCUGACGGUUGCUGUUGGUGGGAAUGGCGCGUCUUUGCUCGGGCCUGGUAUCAGAGCUGAACUUUGA